UCGUAUGCACAAGCUCUGCGAAUGAAUGAGUUAAGAUUGUGAAGGAAGCAGAAAAAAUAAAUACUGCGUUCAAUAAUUAACGCACCAAAUUGUGAUUCUGCACUGAAAUUUGAAGCAGAAAUGUCUUUGUGAGUUUGCUGAAAACAUAAAAAAUAUCACACUGCAAUCGAUUGCAACCGUUGAAAAGUUGUUUCACCCCUAUUGUUUCGUGAAACAUAAAUCUAUUGCUGCCUAGAAAAAGUGUGUCGAUAUGGCAGACAAAAGCUCAUCUGGUGGCAAAAGUCCACAAACAGACGCUGCUAGUCCUACCGGAAGUAUGUCUGGAUCAGGAAGCUGGUGGGGUUCUUGGCUGGAUACGGCCAAGUCCCGCUCCGCCUCGGUGUUAGAAGCAGUGAAGAAUGAUCUUACAGAACUGACUACGGCUGUUAAGACGGAAGCAACGAGCGCAACCGAAGCGCUUGGCCGUUCGCUUAGUCUCAACGAACCAGACUCCACCGUUGGAGCGAUGAAAAAAAGCUUUAGUUCUUUCCUGGGGCAGGUAACAGAGGCCUUGGUCCCGGCAUUGGAGGAAGAGGAGGAAGGAGUUGAUGUCUUGAUAACCCACGAGGGAGCGGACGAUUUGACGGGAUUCCAUCGGCAUCUGGCGGAGUUACAGUCACUAGAGACAACCUAUCUAGAGGAACCGUCGGACGAAUUGAGCGAAAAGUACAAACGUUGGAUGGAAGUGGUAGAGCAGGAACAAUUCACUGAGCCUCGGUUGGCACGACACUUGGCCAGUAGUGCGAUCUUGAACGAUCAGUACUGCAUGCUCGUUCCGGGCAGAGUUGCUCAUAUGGAUUUUUGGAAAAGAUAUCUUUUCAAAAAGGCCUUGCUAGAAGAUGCUGUAGCCAACGCAGAUUUAGCCGAACGGAAGGCUAAGGCAGCGGUGAUCGGUAACGAAACUGUUGCUCCAUCGAAGGUGAUCGUACAGACGGGCCAACCUAAGAGAACCGUUGAAGAAGACGUUAUUCCAGAUGACAUCACGUGGGCCGAGGUGCCGGAGUUUGAUGCCUCCAACAUGGAGCUGUCCGAGGAAGAACAAGCACGACUGCUGGAGGAAUAUGAGCAGGAAAUUAAAGAACGCGAAAAGGCGCUCGCUGCUGGCCAGAUCGAUCUGGAUGCUGAUGAAGCCUUGCUUGUUCAGCCGGAAAGGUCUCCACAGAAAAAGCAAAACACGACCGCUCCCACUAGUAAACUGGGCGGAAGCUCAACCACAACGAAGAAAACCCAAUCGCAACCACAAAGUGCUAAGAGUAGAAAUAACAACCAAAAAAUUCAACAACAGCAGCAGAACGUAAAUGUAAAAAACGCAGCCAAAGACGGCACCACUGCGAGUAAGCAGAAAAUGGCCAACAAAACUACAGGACAAGAGCAGAAACAGAAGGACGAUUUGAAGAUUGAGAAAGACCACUUUACUAAAGACGAAGCUUCCUCUUCAAAUUCUGAUGAGAGUUGGGAGAAGGAAUUUGACCUGGAGUGAAUAAUAAUACCUUCCUGUUACUACUUUAAACUUCACGUUGACGCAAGAAGUUCUUUCAUUCAUCUACUGGUAUAAGCACUAGUGGCCGCAGAAGUUCUUCGGAAACAUUUUUGGCCGAGUCGGACUGUCGUCUGUUAUCACUAGCAGUCAGCUAAAAUCGUAAAUCUAGGUUUUUUGGACUUGGAAUAUCCCAGACCGGAAACAAGAAAAGCAUUUCUACAAAUGAGUUUUGUAAAUUUUAAAACAAGCAUGAUUGUCUUAAAUCCAAUUUAAGCUGUUAAUUAUUAGUAGGCAAAAGUGUAAUAAAAUCGUGUUUAUUUUAAUUUUAUACAUUAUAUUCAUAUAUUAACUCUAAUCUACUCCUGAAUGGGAUGACAGUGCAUGCUUUCAUUAGAUUAUGUAUGCGCGGUCUUGAACAUUCAAAUCCUCUCAUGAGUGUUUUGUUCUCGGUGAUCCUACAGGAGAGACUCAAUCAUUACACUUUGCAUGAAUAGGGUGGAAAAUGUUUAGUGAAAAAAAGGAGAUGCAAAGCAAAAAAUUUGUAAAAAAUAAACUUUUUUUCUUAUACAAAAAAGGGCGAUUACGUUAGGUGAUUUUGAACUGCAAAGAAAAGAGAAAAACAUGUUUGCUGUCAUUACUAUCCUAAGUAAAUGAGAAUUAUUUUACUACUAAUCCCAA